AUGCCUGAGCUUCCCGAGGUGGAGAGCGCGAGGUGCCUGGUCGAGGCGCACUGCAUCGGCGCCAAGGUGACCAAGGUGGAGUUCAACGAGGACGGAAGUUUUGACGAGAAGAUCUUCAAGGAUGUCGAGCGGAAGGCUUUCGUCUCCGCUCUCUUAAACAAGACCCUGACGGCGGCGCAUCGUCGGGGUAAACAUAUGUGGUGGGACAUGAGCGGAGGCGCGGACUCGCCUCUUUUUCAUUUCGGCAUGACCGGGGCAUUUUCCAUCCGGGGGAAGGGAGCGAUGAAGUACAAGGCUUUCGUCGUUGAUACCUCGAACUGGCCGCCGCGCUUUGCCAAGCUCGUAGUCACCUUUGACAACGGCAUCGCGCUGGCGUACACGGACCCGCGAAGGUUCGGGCGCAUCAGGCUGGUACGCGGAGACGUCACGGCGUCACCGCCCAUAUCCGAGCUCGGCUUCGAUCCCCUGCUGGCGAUGCCCGACGAGGCCGCGUUUGCGUCGCGCUUCGCCAAACGCGGCGGUCCAAUCAAGUCGGUCCUCCUGGACCAGACCAUCGCCGCGGGCGUGGGCAACUGGAUCGCGGACGAGGUCCUCUACCACUCGAGGCUGCAUCCGGAGCAGCCCGCGAAGUCGUUGACGCCCGCGCAGCUGAGGGAUCUGAGGGACGCGAUGGAGGACGUGAUCAAAACCGCGUGCGACGCGGGCGCGGAUGCGGAGAUGUUCCCGGAUGACUGGCUGUUUCACCACAGGUGGGGCAAGGUCGCGGGCGAGGUUGGGGGUGAACCGAUUCAGUUCAUAACCGUCGGGGAAGAAAACGAGCGAGAAGCAUGCGGCUGGCGUGAAGGCGGAGCCCAAGAAACGAGGGGCCGAGAACGAUGA